UUAGAAUACAGCACGUGUUAGUAACAAUAAUUAGGAAAAAAUUAGUAAAAGUUAUUUAAAACUGUUGAAAUUCCUUCAAAAUGAGUAAGAAAAGUAAAGGAGGAAGUAAUUUGGGGCGCACUUUGAUCAAAGAUCGCUUUGGUCACACGCCAAGGCGCAAAGUAGACAAUGACACCAUGUUGCAUACCACAGAAUUACAAGAUGGUUAUGAUUGGGGCCGCUUAAAUCUAAGCUCUGUCACUGAGGAAUCUUCUUUCCAAGAGUUUCUGAGAACUGCUGAACUAGCGGGUACAGAAUUUCAAGCGGAAAAACUAAACAUCACCUUCAUUAACCCCAAACAAGGUGUGGGUCUGCUGUCGCGCAACGAAAGAUUGAAUAUCGAGAAGAAGCACAAAGACAACAAAGAUUUAUUGAAAAUUCCACGAAGACCCAAAUGGGCGCCAGAAACCACUGCCGAGGAAUUACAACAAGCCGAACGAGACAAUUUUCUGGACUGGAGACGUAAUUUGGCUUUGCUGCAAGAAGAUGAGGAUAUUAUAAUGACUCCAUAUGAAAAGAAUUUAGAAUUUUGGCGUCAGCUAUGGCGUGUAGUUGAACGAUCGGAUGUGGUGGUACAAAUUGUAGACGCUCGCAAUCCCCUUUUAUUUAGAAGUGAAGAUUUGGAAAAGUAUGUCAACGAAAUUAAUCCACAGAAGAUGAACAUGAUUUUGGUUAACAAAUCGGACUUGUUAACAGACCAACAAAGGAAAUAUUGGGCAGAAUAUUUCGAUGAGCAAGGCAUAAGAACUGCUUUCUUCUCGGCAUCUCUGGCAACGGAAGAAUUAAAGGAGGAGGCGAAAAAUAAAGAAGAAAAACCUGCCAAAACGGAACUCAAAGAGAAAAAGGCCAAAGAAAAUGAAGAGGAUUCAACACAAGUACAUAGCGACAGCCAUUCUGAUAUAGAAGAAAACACGCCAGCUGAUAUAUCUCUAAAAGAACUCAAAGAAGCUGCCUCAUUGAUCAAUAAUAACCUGGAUAUGUUAGAAGCUAAACUGAAGCAAAUUGAAAAGAAAUUACCCACCCCCCAAGAGGAAAAAUCGGAAAUGCACUUCAUUAAGAAUAGCCAUAAAUUGCUCACACGAGAGGAGCUGAUUGAAUUCUUCAAAACUAUCUAUCAGGGAAGCACACACACGGAAAAUGUAACCACCAUUGGUUUAGUUGGCUACCCCAAUGUGGGUAAAAGUAGUACCAUCAAUGCUUUGAUGACAGAAAAGAAGGUUUCUGUCUCAGCCACACCGGGAAAAACAAAACAUUUUCAAACUUUGUUUUUGGAGAAAGAUUUAUUGCUAUGUGAUUGUCCUGGGCUGGUAAUGCCCAGUUUUGUGUUAACAAAAGCCGAUAUGAUUCUCAAUGGUAUACUGCCAAUUGAUCAGAUGCGUGACCAUGUUCCCGCUGUAAAUUUGUUGUGCUCACGUAUUCCCAGACAUGUUUUAGAGGAUAAAUAUGGAAUUAUUAUUGCCAAACCAUUAGAAGGUGAAGAUCCUGACCGUUGCCCGCAUUCUGAGGAGCUGUUAUUGGCCUAUGGAUACAAUCGUGGUUUUAUGACCUCCAAUGGCCAGCCAGAUCAGUCCAGAUCUGCCCGUUAUGUUUGCAAAGAUUAUGUCAAUGGCAAGCUUUUAUAUUGCGUUGCUCCACCCAACGUUGAACAAUCCGUUUAUCAUACAUUCCCAGAGCGAACGCGCAAGGAAGUACAGGAAGCGUCGUUACCCGAUCAACAACAAAGGGCUAUGAGGGUCAAAACUAACACUUCGUCCAAGGAUUUGGAUAGUAAAUUCUUUGCUGGUCAAUCAUCAGCAGCCCAUGUAAAAGGUCGUGCCAAUUUCCCACACAUACGUUUGGCCAAUGAUGGCAGCCUAGUUGAAACCGAUCCCUCAGCAAAACCAUGGCGUAAUGUUAAAAAGGAGAGGCGUGAAAAAUUGCGCAAAAAAUUUAAUCAUUUAGAUCAACAUUAAAAGAAUCCAUGAAAUAUUUUGAGUGAAACUAUUAACAUUAUAUUGCCGAAAUAGAGAAUAUCUUUUAAGAUGAAUCAUUUUAAAAUAUAUAAGUUAUGUAAAUAGCUUUUUUUAAGUUUACCAAAAUAAAUAAUCAAGCCCGAUUAUA